GUCUCCUCUCUCUGCACUGCCGUAGAUCGAGCCUUUUUAACCACCCAGAGAGUCGACCCCCACUGCUUCCAUUUCCUGUGCUCCACCGCCCCUGCCCCUGCCCCUGCGCACCCAGCCAUGAUGAGCAGCAGGAUGAUGAACACCAACGCCAUGGCCGCGCCAGCCAACGACGUCGACUUCUGCUUCGGGGCCAUGCAGGCGCAGCAGCCCUACGUCGUCGGCUUCGACGCCGGCGCCAUGGCCAUGCCCAGCGUUGAGAGGCCGCUGCUCCAGCACCACAGCAACCUCUACGACAGCUUCGAUCUUUCUGCCGCCGCCGCAGCGGGCGGCUUCCCGUUCCAAGAGCCGGGCCUCCUCCCGCCCGCGAGCCUGCCGCUGGCGCCGCCGUCGCUGCAGCUGCCGCUGCUGACGACGUCGCUCCUGGGCGUGCCGACAGCGGCGGAGAUGUACCAUCCUUUCGGUGGUGCGGGAGGGGCGGCGGCGUUCCUGAAGCGGGAGGACGGCGGCGGCGGGGCCCUCGUGGACGGCGGCGGCGGGACGAUCGGGCUGAACCUCGGGCGGCGCACCUACUUCUCCCCCGCCGACGUGCUCGCCGUGGACCGGCUGCUGACGCGGUCCGCCCGGCUCGUUGACGGCGUGGGCAUGGGCAUGGGACUCGGCAUGGGCGUGCUUGGCCUGGGGCUCGGCGCCGCGCACCACCACCAGCAGCAGCCGCCGCGGUGCCAGGCCGAGGGCUGCAAGGCCGACCUCUCCGCCGCCAAGCACUACCACCGCCGCCACAAGGUCUGCGAGUUCCACGCCAAGGCCGCCGCCGUCGCCGCCGCCGGCAAGCAGCAGCGCUUCUGCCAGCAGUGCAGCAGGUUUCAUGUGCUCGCCGAGUUUGACGAGGCCAAGAGGAGCUGCCGGAAGCGGCUCACCGAGCACAACCGCCGCCGCCGGAAGCCGGCCGGGGCACAGGCGGGCAAGUACUCCUCGCCGCCGCCAAAGAGAGCGGACACUACUUGCAUCACCACCUCCUGCAACAGUGAUCAUAACAAGAGUUCCACGGCAGCAGCCAAGUCGACGGCCAUCUCGCCGAACGGCAGCGGCGUCAGCUGCCUCGACGCCAUGGACAAUGGCCAGCCGAGCAGCGCGGCGGCGGAGCCGACGUCCCUGUCUCUGGCCGCGCUGCCGCUGCACGACGACAAGGACGACGACGGCGGCCUGGACUCCAUGCUGAUGCGGCAGGUGCAAGGCCGCCGUGACGACGACGAAGAGCAUCGCCGCUUCAUGACCUCACUUGUGAUGCAGCAGCAGGCUCAGAACCAGCUCGACGGCGGCGGCGGCAACAUCUUGUCAUGCUCGUCGGCGUCAGAUGAUCAGCAGAACGGCGGCUGCAACGGUUUCUUUGAGGUGGACUUCAUCUAGUGCGAUGCGUGCAAACGCACACGUACGUUAAAGGAGGAGGAAAAGUCUAUAGCGUCGCUGCAUUAUGAGAUGCAUGACGUGAGAGAAAGGAACAACGCCUAGCUAGGUUUGUUGCACCACAGUAGCUAGCUACUACCUAGCCUUUUUCUUUUUACUGUGUUACAGUACUUUAGCUAUAGCUAGUGGUGGACUUUUACUGAAUGGGAUAUGCAGGUGCAGGUGUAUUAAUAUUUUUUUCCUUUUGGUAAAUGUACAUUAUGUGUAUGUGUGUUAAUUUACUAAUUUGGGGUUUAUGGUGCAUGGCUGCAUGCAUGUAUUA